AUGUUUAUUUUAACAAAAAUAUCAGAUUUAGUUAGAAUUCCACCCGAUCAAUUUCACAGAAAAGUCAAAUCUGCCAUAUUACAUGAAUUAAAUAAUAAAUAUAGUAAUAAGAUCAUACCUAGAGUUGGUUUAGCAAUAACAGUGUACGAUUUACUAGAGUGUGAUGAUGGUCAAUUAAAACCAGGUGAUGGUGGGUCCUAUAUUAAUGUUGUUUUUAGAUGUUUGGUAUUCAAACCAUUUGUUGGUGAAAUUCUAACGGGUUGGAUCACAAAUUGCACUGCCGAAGGAAUUAAAGUUUCUUUACGGGGUGUCUUUGAUGACAUUUUUAUUCCUGAAAAAAUGUUAUUUGAAGGAACACGUUAUUCUCCAGAUGAUGACGCUUGGAUUUGGGCAAUGGAUGAAGAAACAAAACUGUAUUUUGAUGUUAAUGAAAUGAUUAGGUUUAGAGUUGAACAAGAAGUUUUUGUAGAUGUAAAACCCAAAUCGCCCAAAGAGAGAGAAUUGGAAGAAAGGAUAAAAGAAGAACAAAAGCAAAAGGAAGAAGAGGAUGGGAAAGAAAAUAAUACACCUUAUAUAGAAAAAAAGCCACCAGCUUAUGCAUUAUUGGGCAGUUGCCAGACAGACGGUAUGGGGUUAGUAUCUUGGUGGGAAUGA